CUUCUCUCGCGCUCUCCCCCCCCUCUCGCUUGCUUGCUUGCUCGUCCCCCCGCCCUCCCCUCCUGCUCCGCCUCCUUCAUCUGUCUCCCGCCUUCCCUGCAUUCCCCGCCCUCCCUUCCCGCCUCUGCCCGCCGACGCCCUGCCGGAGCGUGGCCCGAUGGCCUUUGCCGUGCGACGCCGGGCGGCCCACAGCCCGCCCCUGCCUCCUCCUGGGCCGGGAGCCACGCCCUGCCGGGAGGAUGGCCCCCGAUCGGUGCCGGAAAAGGCCGGCAGCCCGCCGGCCCAUCCUCCCCGGGGGCGGAUCUCCACCCUGGCCUUGGAACGGGUCACGGUCGGGGCCUUUGUCAUCUUGGCGGCCUUCUCGACCGCGCACCCGGCCCUGGCGCCCUCGUCGGCGGUGGACCUGCCGCUGGCCGGGUCCUUGAUGACCGAGUCCCUGGCGGACCUGUGGGCCUCGCCGGCCGUGUGGCUGUAUGACCGGAUUUGCGGGCUGAGCUCGAGCACCGGCUCGUGGCGUUUUUCCGGUGUGCUAUUGGUGUGCAUGCUGGUGGCGGCCCUGGCCGUGGACAUUCCCUUCGCGUACCUGGUGUCGCGGCCGGCGGCGAGCCAUGCCCCGGGGCGCGCGGGCGCGCGCAGUGCCGACGGCAGCCCCAUCCAGCUGCUCAAGAGCCUCCCCCUGGCGGAGGACCCGAGCUCCGAGGCGGAAGCCCCGGGCCCGGGGGCCGUGCUGCCCUCCGGCCUGUCCGGGUCCUGGUCCAUGUCCUCGAUCGCCACGCUGCUGGAUGAGGACCGGUCGGAGCCCGGGCAGCCGGCCGGCGGGGGCGUGGGCCCGGAUGGGCCGGCGGACGCGAUGGCCGCCCCGGCGGCCCUGGCAUCCUCGCGGCCGGUGGAGUGGCUGCGGCACCGGCGGCGACAGGCGCACGUCCGGCCGCGACGCCGGUUCCAGGUGGGCCAGUCGAUCGCCGACUUGAACCAGGCCCUGGUGCGGCUCUUUUCCGAGGUGUACAUCGGGCCGGAGUCUCGGCGCGGGUUCCGGCCCUUCGCCGACCCGGGGGUUUUGCAUGGGGCCCUGCUGGUGCCGCUGGUGCUGCUUGCCCUGCGCGCGCACCUGAACUUCAACAUGCAGUAUGGGGUGCCGGCGCGCGGGGAGCCGGGCAUCUGGCCGCUGGCCGGGGUGGCCAUCCCGGUCGGUGGCGAUCCGGUUGGCUACCUGAGCCAGCUGCUCGGGGUGUCGCUCAGCUGCUCGCUGGUGUUCCUGGGCCAGGCCCUGUGGGAUUUGCUGCGGGAGGUGGCCGCUCGCCAGCGGCCAGGGACCCGGCGGCCCGAGCCAUGGGUCGGCCGACUGCGCGCGGUGCGGGCCGUGGUCACCGGGGCCGGGAGUCUCCUGCUGCCGGCGCUGCUGGCGUCGCCCUUGCCGGGGCUGGUUGCCGCGCUGCUGGUGGCCCCGUGGCCGGUGGCGUGGGGGGCGCUGGUGGCUGGCGUGCGGGUGGCCCUCGGCCCGGCCGGGUGCCCUGCCGCCGGGCGGCCGGCCGCCCUGGCAUGGGCCCUCUGCCGGGGCCGGUGGGCCUUGUCCUCGGUGGACCCGGCGCGCUUCCUCCUGGCGCUGGUGGCUCUGCAUGGGUACCGGCUGGUGAUGAAGCUGACGCCGCGGGUCUUUCCGCGGAGUUUCACCCGCGGCGAGGCGUCGGUGCUGGUGCAGCUGGUGGUUUUCCUGAUGGUGGAUGCCGGCCUGGCGACCAUCACGCAGCUGGAUCUUGCAUCGGUGCCGCCCUCCUGGCGCUUCAACCGGCCGGUCAUUCUCCUGUACACCGAGGCGUUGUUCCUCGGGUGCCUCUUGAUCUCGACGGUCGGGUACCCGGUGUUGCUGCUGCUGAGGUAUUCCAAUCGGCGCUUCGGCCCGCGGAGCCCACAGUCCGCAGCACUGGCCGGCGGGUUCUUGCUCCUGCUGGCGGCCCUGCUGCACUGGGUCGUGUGUCCCUGGCUCGGGGGGCUGAUUGGCAUUCACCCGGCCGUGUGGACCAUCCAAUUCAUCGGUGCCUCGCGCCGGCGCGGGCUGAUCUUGGCGUACUGGAUUGUGCUGCUGGUGGUCGCUCUGGCCGGGCUGGCGCUCUUCGGUCGAUCGCGCAGCCAGGCCCCCAAGGCGGCGGGUGGCCCCUCGGCGGCUGCCCCGCCGGUGGCGGCGUCGGACUCCACCGGGUCCUUGCUGCUGGCGGCCGCCGGCUCCGGACCGCCCAUCGACCUGGUCCUGGGCGAGGAGGACCUGCGCCUGCUCCGGCGGCAGAAAAACAGCAAGCGCGGCCACUUCCAUGGUGUGCCCAUCCACCUGAUCCGAAAGUACUUCCACCUGGUGGCGGUGGUAAUGUUUGUGCCGUGCUACCUGCUGGAUCCCUCCUUCCUGCAGCUGUCCUUCGGCAUUGCCCUUGCCCUGCUGCUGCUGGUGGAGAUCAUCCGGCAUUUCCGGUUCCCGGUCCUCGGCCCGGCUGUGGACCAGGCCUUCGGGGUCUUUCUGGACGCGCGAGACUGCGGGCCGGUGGUCCUGUCGCACCUGUACCUGCUGAUUGGGUGUGCCCUGCCGGUGUGGCUCUCGCCGGCGGUUCUGCUGGACUCGGGGGCUCUGUCGGAUUUUGCCUCCUCACGCUCCGUCCUGGCCGGGCUGUCCGGCAUCCUGGCCCUUGGUGUCGGCGACACCGCGGCUUCGGCCUUUGGGCUUUCCUUCGGCCGGCACCGGUGGCCCGGGUCACGCAAAACCAUCGAGGGCACCCUCGGCGGGCUGCUCUCCACCCUGCUGACGGUGGCCCUGUCGGCGGUGGCCUUCGGCUUUGUGUCCUUCAGCUCGUCGCACUGGUCCCUGUACAGCACGGCGCUGGCUUUCUCCGCGCUGCUGGAGGCCCUCACAUUCCAAAACGACAAUCUCAUCGUCCCAUUGUACCUCUUCUCCGCCGUAUCCCUGAUGGCCGGCUAGAGUCGCCCCGGCGCACGGCGCGGGGCAUGAUCCCCUGGGGCCCCCCCCCCCCCCUGGCCGGAGAUCUGGCGCGCCGCGCGCCGCGCGUGCACGCACACUUGUCCUUGUGAAUAAACAUCCGCUCCGUUGGCA